AUGAAUGAUCCCGGUCUAGACGAUGCCAUUGCCGAUGAGGCAAAUGCGUUGGAUAUGCAACAAAUCUCCCGGGAGAAGAGCAGUGCCACAUCGGGGAAAGACAACGCACCUCGUUCCCUAGAUUCGCAAGAGUCGCUCAAGGCUCGAUGGUGGCUGGCUAGCACGGCGUACCCGCUGACUGCUGGUACGUUUGGACCUAUGGCCAGCGCAUUCAAUGUCUGCUGUCUUGCGCAAACAUGGCGUAUGAAGCCAGAUAGCAGUGGUGGCUACCUCAAUAUUCCUGAUCCGAAAUGGGUGAUAGGAGUCAAUGCGAUUUCCUUGGUAUUUGCUGUCGUUGCAAAUGUGGCUCUCUCACUCAACAUGGCUAGACGUAUCCGAUUCUCUGUGGCGCAGCCUAUCAUCAUACUUGGGUGGUACAUCUCGUCGGCUCUGCUGGUCGGAAUUCUCAUCCCCUUCGGAGUCCUGAUGUACAGGCCUGAGAAUGCUGGUCAUAUCUAUACCCAGGCGUAUUUCUACGGAACUUUUGCUGCUGGCUUGUAUUUCAUUCUUGCGUCCUUGCUCACGGUUACGGCGUACGGUGCCUACAAGGGCCACUACAGCCGUCGUUUUAGUUUGACGAACAGCCAACGGACGCUCAUGCUACAGACUAUUAUCUUCUGCAUCUAUCUUCUUGGUGGUGCGGCGGUCUAUGCCAAAGUCGAGGGAUGGCGAUUCCUAGAUGCAGUAUAUUAUGCGGAUUAUACAUUGCUGACUAUCGGCGUUGGGAAUAUUUCCCCAGCCACCCAUCUGGGUCGUGGGUUGCUCUUCCCAUACGCCGUUGGUGGUAUUGUGAUCUUGGGUCUUAUCAUUUCGUCUAUCCGGACUCUGAUGCUCGAGCACGGGCGGCAAAAGAUCGGAAGUGCCAUUGCGGAUAUGACUCGCAAACUUCUCGUCAAGGAGGCCCUGUCAGAUCGCAAUCGCUUUCGCGCAAUCGUUCCAGACCUCCGUACUGAUGGAAAUGAAGAGGAUAUGACUGAGCGCGAAAAACAAAAACGAGAGUUCAUCACGAUGCGCCGAGUUCGCCAGAUAGCCAGCGUGCAGCACAAGUGGGUGUCUUUGUGCGUGUCUCUGAUAGUUUGGAUGGCUUUGUGGCUGAUUGGAGCCGUGGUCUUUUGGCGGUCGGAGACGCACCAGCCUUGGACUUAUUUUGAGGCCUUGUAUUUUGCCUAUACCUCCCUUCUCACUAUCGGCUACGGCGAUGUUUACCCCGAAAGCAGCCUUGGGAAAGCAUUUUUUGUGUUUUGGUCAUUGCUGGCAGUACCCACGAUCACGAUUCUCAUUUCGAACAUUGGCGAUACUCUCAUUCGAUUCAUUCGGGAUCUUACCCUCUAUCUUGGUGCAUUGACCAUUUUACCGGGCGAGGAGGCUUUUCUAUCUCGCGUCAAAGACAUGUUUCGCCGCGAGAAAUGGCUUCAGGAAGCUACAGGCGAGACAAAUAACGCACGCGAUAUUCUGAAUGAUUCCAAUCCUGAUCUACCUCGUGCCGGUUACUUGGAAGCCAAAGAGCUCCAAAAAGAGGAAGUGGCUCGGCAGCAUGGAGACAUUGCUGCACAGAACCUUCAUCAUUACCAUUACAUCCUGUUUCGUGAGAUACGGAAAAUGAUUCUCCUGGCAAAGAGCAGCUCAACCAAAGAGUUCGAUUACCUCGAGUGGGAGUAUUACCUUCUCUUAUUUCCGGGAAGCAUCCCCUAG